CCCUGAUACUCCAAUGCAUUCCAGCCCCAAACUUCUUCAAUAAAAAAUGAAGACUUCAACUUUAUUCUCACUUUUAUUCAUCAUUUCUCUAGCCUUUUGUCUCAACCUUGUUCAAGCUCGAAAACUUCUUCAAGAAGAUCCAAAAAUUAAAAUAGGUCUAAACCAUCGUCCAAUAUGGUUCCCUCCGUGGCUUCGUCCGGGAAUCAGUCGGCAUUUUCUCCCCCCUCCGUGGAUUUUACGUUAUCCACCAUGGUUAGGUUACCCGUUUCCUCCAUUUCCAUGGAAAAACCCUUCUCCGAAACCCGAACCUCCAACGUCUCCGUCACCGGUGCCGCCGUUUUCAUGGCCGGAACCAGAUGGAAGUUCUGGUCCGAAUGCCCCGGACCCAUCUCCUUAUGCGCCUGAUGAUGAUGAAAUCACUCAAAUGCUCCAAGAUUGGUUCAAGGAGAUCCAACAAUGGUGGGCUCAUCCUGUCGGCCCGUUUCCCAUCCCGCCAUGGAUGAAACCUCAAACUGCUGGCUGGUUCCCCCACCGACCAUGGAUGAGACCUUAUAUUCCCGGCCAUUUUCCCAUCUCACCGUGGCUUAAACCUCCGGCAGGCCACUAAGCUACUUUUCCUAAUCAAGUUGUAUUAGGUUUAUUUCGAUCUCAAGCAAGAUUCCAUAAAGAAGUUUUCUUCUGCAACCCUGCAAGUGUAUUGCGAAAAGGUUAUAUGCCUUUUAAUCAUAGAA